AUUCGACGCGCCGCAUGGGCAAUCAUGCUUACUGUCUGGUUUGAACCACUGGUGCUGUUAUUGAUCAUUCUGAACGCCCUUUUUAUGGCGUUUGUAGACUAUCGCGAUCCGGACGGCCCUGUGACGUCUUUUAUCGAGCAGUCGGAGACUGUGUUUCUGUUUGCUUUUUCAGCGGAAAUGCUCAUUAAGAUGAUCACACGUGGCAUCAUAACUGGCGAACUAGCCUAUUUGAAAGAUCCGUGGUGCUGGUUGGACUUUCUCGUUGUGGUGUCGGGCCUUUUGGACUUCGGUGCGGCGAAAGCGGCCGAGGCUAAUGGUAAUGGAGAGAGCGGCGAUGAAAGUGGGCUCAGUGUGCUCCGAGUGUUACGCGUUUUGCGGCCACUACGCACUGUCGCGCGGCUGCCCGGUCUGCGGAAGAUUAUUCGGACCUUUUUCCUCAGUGUGAUGCGGUUAGUCGACGUGGCCGCGAUGUUCCUGUUCAUUAUUAUCAUCUUCGGCAUUUUAGGCAUGAGUUUCUUGGGUGGCACAUUGCAU